AUGUUUGGUGCCAACGCGCCUUCGACGGGCAUCGGUGCCCCUGCUGCCGGCUUCGGAAAGCCCCCAGCAACGUUUGGCACCAGCGCCUUAUCCGGUGCGAACACGACCGCCACCGCUGGCCGUGGCUUCGGUGCUGCGACUGGCGCCUCGGCAACACCGGGCUUCGGCAUCGCGUUCGCAGCCCCUUCGACCAGCACCGCAGCAGCCGGAGGGGCAUCCGGCUUUGGCAGCAGCGCAGCAUCAGGGACCACCGGCUUCGGCGGGGCAGCCGGCUUUGGCAGCAGCGCAGCAUCAGGGACCACCGGCUUCGGCGGGGCAGCCGGCUUUGGCAGCAGCGCAGCAUCAGGGACCACCGGCUUCGGCGCUGGCGGUGGCUUCGGGGCGAAGCCAGGGAGCGGUUUUGGCGUCAGUGCCACCUCUGGCUUCGGAGCACCCGCAACAGGGACCACCGGCUUCGGUGCAGGGGCAACCGCACCGGCAGCGAUCGGCGGUUGGGGCGCGCAGCAGCCCAACCCUGCCAUGCAACCCCAGGCACCCCAACAGCCGCAGCCGACCGUGACGCUGCAGGACUUCGCGCGGCAGAGCGCCCUCGCCAGCUACCUCGUUAAGCUGGACGAGUCUUACAACGCGCUGCACCCCAACUGCCGCUUUAGAGCCUUUGUGUACAACAGUUGCGGGGCGGGGCAGGUCAUGGACGCAAUUCAGAAGGAGCGCUACACGGCCCACCUCAACGGCGGCGGGUGCAGUGAGGAGGCCUACAUGCAGGCUCUCCACCAGAACCCCGACCCCGGCCGCCUCUACCCAUCCCCCAUCCACUUCUCCCAGGAGCUCCUGCGGCGGACUGAGAAGCAGAGGGAAGCCGUGAAGGUGCUGCAGAAGAAAGUGACAGAGCUGCUGCAGGAUAUCGACACAGUGGCGGCCAUGGAUGCCGCGAACGUGCGGCGGCAGCGCGAGGUGGAGCAGGAGGAGGUGAUGCUGCAGCACCGAUGGUACUCGCUUCUGUGCAAGAUGGAGCUGCUUCGCCGUCACGGCAGCUCGUGCGGCGAGGAGGGCCUGCUGAACAGUCGCGUCGAGCAGCUCCGCAAGCUCUUGCGAGCGCCUGGUCGCUUCAGUCAGCUACUGAGUGAGCUGCGGCCGUUCCUGACAGAGGAGGCAUCGCGUGUGGCAAUGAUCACGCAGCAGUCGGCGAACAAGACGGAAGCACGUCAGCAGCAGCAACAGUGCCGCUUCGUCGGUUCCGCGCCAGCAGCGUGGCGGAACGCUGGCAGUCAGCCACUUUUGCGCACCGAGGUGGAUCCGUACAUCAUGAAGGACUGGGUCCAGUUUGCCAAGCAGAUGCAGGACGGGAUCGAGACGCUGAAUGAGCUUCUCAAGACAGAUCUAAAGGAGAUGCAGGCGAUCCGCAGCCGUGUGGAGGCCUCGUAG